AUGCAUUAUUCCUACCUACGCGCGCUACGUAUUGUGGUUAUCACCAGCUACAUUGACAGCAUUAAAAAAGCUGCAGCGGUCACAGCGGGUACACAAACGAUCGAACAGAAUGGCAGCAUAUUUUCAGUGGCGUUUCUAGCAUCUGUAACAAAAAAGAAGAAAGAAGCAGCCCGCCUUUGGCCCCAACGAUGGGGCUUUUAUAAACAUCUGAGAGAAAUUCAAGAGGAGGAAGCACAAAAUAUUGGACUAAAUCUUGAAGAAUACCGAGCUGCUCUCCGAUCUGUAAGUUGCAAGCCCGAGAAACCUAAGGAUUCUAUAGCAGUAGAACCUUCGCCAAAACCCCUACCACUAACUACUUCUGGCAUGAUUGGUCAUCGAGCUAAAUGUACGCUGGAAAAAUUCGGAAGACUUGUCAACACGCCCCGGAAUUACCCGACCAGACCACCACUAGCACCAGGCCAAAUCUACGAUCCUUAUAAACAAACAAUGAUUUUCCUUGGGAGCGUGGAAGGAGACCCUAUAUCGUACAAAUUACCACCAGCGCGCUACGACAUACAGGACGAUAUCUGGGCACAACCACAACAACUCUGCGUGUCACCUUAUGAAAAAUUACUACACAUUCAAUAAAAAUAGAAUAUAAUUAUCAUUAUUACGUCGAUUUUAGAUAUUAUUUUUAAAGUGAAUGCAUUAUUUUUGUUGAUGUGCCUAAUGCCUAAUGUUGUAUCUUAACAAUAUUCAAUAUAAAAUUAUUUCCCAGAAAUAAAUAAAACGAGUCUAAUUUUGAAUGAAAAUGUUAUAUUUUUGUUGAUAUAUUGUGUCUCUUAGUAACCAUAACUGGAGGUAAUUGCAUAAUUAUGUUCUCUGGCAGUACUUCUACGAUCACUGCUUCGUCUUCCGCUAUCCAGUGGAAUCCCGCCAAAUACUGAAAUAUUAUUAAAAAAUAGAAUAUUAACCUUGUAUAACAAAUUAUUAUUUAAGCUUUGUUUUUAAAAUCAUUAAUAAUAGUAUAAGAGUAACGGAAUAAUCUUGCUGUUUCUAAAAAUCACAUUUUAUUUUAGUUUAAUUUAUUUAUUGUAUUUUUUUAUUGUUUAGACUUCAGUAACAAUUUGAUGUAAUUAAUAUUAUUAUUUUAUGUUAUUUAUAUUUAUAUUUUAUAUUAUUAUUAUUUUAAGUUAAGGAAGAGCGGGUCCUCCUGACACAGGUUUUAUAUUAAACUUACUAGGAGGGCCCUACUACUCCAUAUUGUAUUGUAUGAAAUGAAUAAUAAAAAAAGUUUUUCAGUAAAAAAAAAUAAAAAAUUAAUAAAUUAAGAAAAUAUAUACCUAACCUAUACUCAAAAUAUUAUUGUAUUUGUUUCCAAUAAAUAUCCUUUCAACCUUUUAUUUUUCACAACAUUAACUGAAGAUAUUAUAGUAUUGCCUUUUUAUUAUUCACAAAAGCUUGAACAUAAAAAACAACACCCACCUUAACUGGCAUCACAUUGACCCCUAAUCUGUCGUUAUUUUUCAUUGGAAGCUUUUUUUUGUUUGGUUCGACGGACUGGCUCUGAAAACAGAAUUUUAAGUGUCAUGAAUAAAACGACAUUUAUCAUGUA